AUGGACGAUUUGCAUCUGCCAUAUACCCAUGAGGACUACACCAUUGGAUGGGUCUGCGCGUUGCCAAAGGAGCAAUCGGCCGCCAUAUUCAUGCUCGAAGAGAGACAUGAAGAUCUUCCCAACCCAUCAGGCGACCACAAUGCAUACACGCUCGGAAGUAUCGGCAAGCACAAAGUUGUUAUUGCUGGUCUGCCCAAAGGCAGAAUUGGCAUUCACAGCGCAGCAACAGCGGCGACCCGAAUGGUCUCAUCUUUCCCUAACAUUCGAGUUGGCCUCAUGGUAGGAAUUGGUGGGGGCAUUCCACAAAAGACUCGGCUUGGAGAUGUUGUCAUCAGCUGCCCCAGCGGAACAGAGCCAGGCGUUAUCCAGUGGGAUAUGGGAAAGGCCGGGGCCAAUGGCGAGUUUGAACGAACAGGGUCUCUGGCUCCUCCACCCACGGCCUUACUUACGGCAUUAACAAAGUUUGAAGCCGAUCAAAUCACAACACGGACCAACAUGCUCAGCUAUCUAAAGAGCCUGGAGAGCAUACCCAACAUCCCAAAAAGCUUCCUCAAGUCGGACUCUCUCCAGGAUGUCUUGUACGAGUCAAGCUAUAACCACAAGGAGGGAGACGAUUGUCGCCAUUGUGAUAAGAAUAGGGUGAUCGAAAGAGGUCCAAGAGAAGAUGACAUGAUGAUCCACUGCGGCUUGAUUGCAUCCGGCAACCAGGUGAUCAAGGACGCUAUUCUUCGCGACAAGCUCUACAAGCAGUUCAACAAUAACAUUCUCUGCAUCGAAAUGGAAGCCGCAGGCCUGAUGAAUGACUUUCCUUGUGUUAUCAUCCGAGGCAUUUGCGAUUAUGCAGACUCGCAUAAAAACGACCAGUGGCAGGGUUACGCGGCCGCAACAGCCGCAGCUUGUGCAAAGGCGUUGCUAAAGGUGCUGCCUUCCAGCGAGGUCGAUAAGCUUCAACGAGUGCAGCUGACCAUAUCUCCUAGUCUCGUGGAGGGUGCAAAGAGAUAUCUAUCGUCGUCAUACUGGCUAGGCGAAAAGAAGGACGUCCCUAAUCCGUCAGCGGCAAUAACGUCCCAAAAAGACAUCAAAGGCAAAACCGAUGAGCCGCUCCCAGAGCCGAUGUCGCCUAUGGCCAAAUCGAGAGACACAAGUCCUCAUGGAAAGUCGAGAGAUUCCGGCCCCUCCGAGAUGCCAACAAAAAUGAUUGCUUCCGACACGCCGAUACAAGCAGCUCCUGCUCAGGCGUCAGCACAAACAAAAUCUGACAAUGUUUCUCAGCCUCAGUCAGUUGAAACGUGGCUACGGGAAGCACCAGCAUCUCUGGCAACGAUGCUCAAACAAGGAAACGUCGAGGAUGCGGUAAGACGUAUCUGCAUGGGCCUCAGCGAAAUGAUGCCUCCUCAAGAACCAGGAAAUGCAGCUCAAGGCUAUACCACUGGCGGAAAUAACAAUCGUCAAGACACCAGUCGAAGUUUGGAAGCUGGAACUGGUAAUUGUGCGCCGGCAUCACCACCUGAGCGGAGCAAAAGCUGGGGCGAUGCCCCGUCUAAAGAUUCUGCGCCCUUGCAAGAAGAGUACAAAGGCUAUGCCUCUGAGCAGAGUCCUCCCUACGGCAAUGUUGGGUGGAACUUUAACACAGCGCCAUAUCCUCCUCGAACUCCCUCACCUUUCCACCCAGAUUAUAAGGUCAACAAGCAUGAGAAGAGUCAAGCCUAUGGUAAUGAUAGUACUAUUUACCAGGCACCCCAGAGUUUGCAGAUGCCUACUGUAUAUCCUCCUCGAUCGCCAUCACCAUAUCAAAAUGAGUACAGGGCUGCGAUUCCUGAGCAGCCUCACAGCUAUGGCUAUAAUGAACCUUAUCAUCAUGCGCCAGCGCCUUCAGGUCUACAUAUAUCUACGAAAUACCCGAACAGUGGAUAUGAUGCUUCCGGCAAUGGCGCAAAUAAUUACCCAUGGUCGCCUCCGCAGUCGCCGACAUUUCGAGCAAAUAUUGCCCAGGAUCACAAUCUGAGGAGAGUCAGCGAGCCGGUGGCAAACUACAAUUUGAAUCCAACAGCAUAUGGCAAUGACCAUGAAGAGGACCGCUUCUUUGGAUACAAAUACGGAUCCUACUAUGCAGAACCAAGCGUGAUCAGUCCUGAUGAGAGGCAGCCUAUUGCCCCUCGCAACCAAGAUCGACAGCCUGCAGCCAUGGCUAAGAAUACGUCAACGUAUGGCCAAGGCGCGAGAAUCAAUGAUGUUGGUUUAGGGCAUAGACGUGCUCAACUCUCAGAACCAAUCCCGAUCAGUACUAACAAAGGGCCACGAAGCGCUACUCCCAUGCCGAGCCAGCGGCCUCCUCCCCUCAAAACCAGGAGUGCGCCACCAGUACGUCAAUUGGCCACGAAAGAUAGCGAGCGGAACCUGGGUUAUAAAAGAACUUGCUGCAACCCAGAGCCGAGCCUUUUGCUCCCUUCUGAUAGACGACGCAGUACUACUCCUAGUCAAGGAAGACAGCCUUUGCACACAAUCGCAAGCAGCAGGGAACCUUCGGAGCUGGAUUUCGGACCUUCUCAGCCUAAUUCUCGGCCGUCUUCCCGGGCACAGGCCACUCAACCUCAUGUUCUCAGAAGCGUUCCAUCUCAAAGGAUUUCAAAAAUACCACGACCGUGGCGACCAUAA